GUGACUGAGAUGGCAUCCUCUCUGAGGGUCUGGGUCACUCUCUUGAUCCUGCUGUGCCUCCAAUGCGGGCUGCUUGUACAGAGCAAAGACAUUUCCAGGAGGAAAUUUAUGGAAGACUACCACCUAAGUCCAAGCCAAGAGUUCAGUGCAUACAAAUGUGAUUUCCUCAUGAAAGAAAGACAAGCUCUGAAGCACAAGACUUUCCACUUGUUCAUUUAUAUCUCAUGGUACAGAGUGGAGCACAUAUGCUAUAAUAGCAAGUGGAAUGACCGCUACAGGAAUAUAUAUGUAUGGGCCCAGAUACCAAUCAGAGUACUCAAGUGUCACUGGGAGAGUUUCACAAACAGCUACAGAGAAAGCAGGGGCUACAACUAUAUUGAAUUUCACUGUAACAUAAAUGGGUAUGUUGAUAGCAUAGAAGACAUGAAGCUCAUAGAGCCCAUGUUCAAUUAG